AUUAGUGUGCGAGUGACCACCAUGGACGCUGAGCUGGAAUUUGCCAUUCAGCCCAAUACAACUGGGAAGCAGCUCUUUGAUCAGGUUGUGAAAACAAUUGGCCUGCGAGAAGUUUGGUUCUUUGGACUCCAGUACCAGGACACCAAGGGCUUCUCAACAUGGUUGAAAUUAAAUAAAAAGGUGACGGCUCAGGACGUGCGCAAAGAGAGCCCAUUGCUUUUCAAAUUUCGGGCCAAGUUCUACCCAGAGGAUGUUGCAGAGGAAUUGAUACAAGAUAUUACCCAGCGCCUCUUCUUCCUCCAAGUGAAGGAGGCCAUCUUGAAUGAUGACAUCUACUGUCCCCCAGAGACUGCUGUUCUCCUGGCUUCUUAUGCUGUCCAGUCCAAAUAUGGGGACUUUAAUAAGGAGGUUCAUAAGCCUGGCUAUCUAGCUACUGACAAACUGCUUCCUCAAAGAGUUUUGGAACAGCAUAAGCUUAACAAGGAUCAGUGGGAAGAAAGAAUCCAGGUGUGGCAUGAGGAACAUCGGGGGAUGCUCAGAGAAGAUGCCAUCUUAGAAUAUCUGAAAAUUGCACAAGAUCUGGAGAUGUAUGGUGUGAACUACUUCAGUAUUAAGAAUAAGAAGGGUUCAGAACUCUGGUUGGGAGUAGACGCUCUUGGACUCAACAUUUAUGAACAGAAUGACCGGUUAACACCCAAAAUUGGAUUCCCCUGGAGUGAGAUCAGAAACAUUUCCUUCAAUGAUAAGAAGUUUGUCAUCAAGCCCAUUGACAAGAAAGCCCCAGAUUUUGUCUUCUAUGCCCCCCGGCUAAGGAUUAACAAGCGCAUCCUGGCUCUAUGCAUGGGGAACCAUGAGCUCUACAUGCGCAGGCGCAAGCCGGACACCAUCGAGGUGCAGCAGAUGAAGGCCCAGGCCCGCGAGGAGAAGCAUCAGAAGCAGAUGGAGAGGGCUUUGCUGGAGAACGAGAAGAAGAAGAGGGAGAUGGCGGAGAAGGAGAAGGAGAAGAUUGAACGUGAGAAAGAAGAGCUGAUGGAGAAGCUCCGGCAAAUUGAGGAGCAGACUAAGAAAGCUCAGCAAGAACUGGAGGAGCAGACUCGCAGGGCCCUGGAGUUGGAGCAGGAAAGGAAGCGAGCUCAGGAAGAAGCGGAGAAGCUGGCCAGGGAGCGGCAGGAAGCCGAGGAGGCGAAGGAAGCCUUGCUGAAAGCCUCCCAUGAUCAGAAGAAGAACCAGGAGCAGCUGACCACCGAGAUGUUGGAACUGACCACCAGGAUCUCGCAGCUGGAAGUUGCUCAACAAAGAAAAGAGAGCGAGGCUCUGCUGUGGCAGCAAAAAGCCCAGUUGGUUCAGGAGGACCUGGAGAGGACCAAAGAGGAGCUGAAGUCCGUCACCAGCACCCCGCACGUGCCUGAGCCCAUGCAGUCGGAGAACGAGCACGACGACGAGCAGGACGAGAAUGCAGCGGAGGCCAGCGCGGAGCUGCGCGCACACGCCUCGGCCAAGGACCGCAGCGAGGAGCAGCGUACCACCGAGGCCGAGAAGAACGAGCGGGUUCAGAAGCACUUGAAGGCGCUCACAUCCGAAUUGGCCAAUGCGCGGGAUGACACCAAGAAGACGGCCAACGACAUGAUCCACGCAGAGAACAUGCGGCAGGGCCGUGACAAGUACAAGACACUCCGCCAGAUCCGGCAGGGCAACACCAAGCAGCGCAUUGACGAAUUUGAGUCCAUGUAGUCAUUCCAGCCUCUGCUGUACCUCCCCCCUCCCCCCCUCCCUCCCUCUGUGUGCAAAUGUGCGAUGCUGGAACCGCUACAGGAGCGUGAACAGGUCAGCCUCCUGUGCUGAUCUCCAAAAUAGGACCAAACAGGAAGAAAAAGCAAAAGUCAGUUGUGCCUUAUUAUUGCAGUUUUCUGACGGCUGUGGCCUGCCUCUGUUUAGGGCGGGUGACAAGCUUAAGUAUCAUACGCUUUCUAUUGCUUAGAAUAAGUGCAUUAGUGCUGCUGCCGCCGCCGCCACCAGAACAGAGUUUACGGUGGGGCCAAUGUCUAACCGAGGGCCUCUCCCCACCUCUAACCUCACUUGCCAAGGCCGGAGAGCCAGGGCCUGGCUCAGUCCUAACUAGGCAGGGGCCUCUGCUUUUAAAGAUAGGCUGGUUUUGAUGCUCUGCUUGGGAAGAAGUCCCUGUGGAGAGAGAGAGCACCGAAAGGCGACUGCAAAUGUGCCUUUCCCCCCUCUUCGCACCAAAGAGCAAAAUGUUCAGCAGACCAAGCAAGUCCCUCUGGUCUUCUUAAAUUUUUCCAAGUACUCCUUACUAAGAGGUUGAACAAAACUGGACGCUUCCCUUCUUCCCAUGUUAUGAGCGGAUUUGCCACAGAAUUGUCGUCUUCCCCAAAAGGAAAAAAUUUGGCCACAGACCUGUUGCCACUCAGUUUGCCAACGUAGUCAGGCAUUUCAGAGAGGUUUUGUGCCAGCCCUAAGCAGCGAGGCACGGCUGCAGAACUACACCACUAAGCUUUUUAGGGCGCAUCUCCCACAGGCGCGUGCACACAGACAUACCUUAUGGUGCCUUAAUGACACUUACACCCCCCCUUCCAGUAGCGUAACAGCCGAGGAAACGUUUUCUCAUUUUCUUAGUCCCAGUGAUGCAGAACCAAAAAAACCUCCCACAAAGAUGUGUUUUGUGUGUGAAUCUCCAUGUUGCCAGCCAUUUCUACUGUUAGGAAGUUUAGAUUUGGUUUUCAAAAGGUGCCGUUUCUGCUGCUUUCUUGUGAGAAGAGGGCGGUGUGUCCUUGUUUCCAGACCGCUUCCCUCGGAGUGCCUUAAGCUCUUUGGAUCUGGAGAAAAGAGGCGGUUUUGCUCGUAGGACCGUUCAGCUGUCUCUCGGUGGUUCAGCUGCUUGCCGGUUUGCUAGCGACCGUUCAAAGUAGCUCCCUUUUUAGGCCGACUCUGCUGUGGAGUUCCUGUCCUGGGACUGUUCCCAUUAAUGGAGGAAGGGUCGGACUUGGGUUGAGGACUGUGUCUUCUGCCUCCUCUCCCGAACGUCACGUUCAUUCAAAGGAAAGCCAUUCUACUCUUCUGCCCCGGGGCACCCUUGUCUUAGCACUCUUGGGCUCCUUCAAAUCUUCCCCCACACUUGUGGCCUUUCUCUGCCUUCCUCCGGCACACACACGCACGCACGCACACACACACACACCCCAGUUUCUGCUUGCAUUUAUCCCAGAAGUGUUAUUCUGAAACAGCACCAGAUAGUGCUGGCUGCAGAGCGGGCAGAAGUCAACUCCACUAGGGUGGUGAGAAGACGUGCAGGGUUCCCGAGGGUUCCCACACUUGUUCCGAAGCACCCCGUCAAGUGCCGGACCUUUACCCUGGCCCGGGGAGCCAGGCCGCUUGCAGCGAGAGGCGUCCCAGUGCGAGCAGCCGCCUUUUCCGAAGACCCAGGCAGAAUGCGCUGCUCCUCUCUGCCUCUGCCUCUCUCCCCUCCUUCCGACUGGGAGUGCCUUUGGAAAGUGACGGACGAGAGGAGGUGGCCAAUCACCCCUUCCUCUUCCUCCUCCUCCUCCUCCCCCUCCCCUGAAAAUACACAAUGCCAUUUUCUAAAGAAACCAUUUUCUGGUUUCCACGCCCCAAAGAGCUCCUCCGAGUCACCAUUCGAACUCGUGGUGCUGACUUUGCUCCUGGGCUAUCUCCUUCCAGCCUAAGCUUGCCAGCGGCAUGCUUGGAGUCACGGCCUUUUCCCCUGCGAAAGUGCCUCCGAGGUUGCUCUUGCAUCGUCCCGGCCCUCGGGCUCCGGGGUGCCUCUGUCCAGUCCUUCCGGAACAGGACAAGCCCACCCGCUGGCCGCGAGUUCGCCUCCUGCGUAGUUGGUUCAGCUCUUCCCCGAUCUUAACCAGUAUUAUGUAUUCCAGUGACAUCUAAUGGUAUUGAUUUCAUGCUCUUUUCUAGCUAUGCAUGAUUAGAAAAUAUUAAUCUCAGAAGUGUUGAGGGGGAAGGUAAAUGUGUUCUCCCUUCUUCAUAGAAAAUGUAUACUGUGUUGUAAAGAGAUAUUUUGCAGGAAAUUAAUGUAAGAUGCAUUCAGUAUUACAAUGAGAUUUUUAGAUUUUUUUUUUAAUUAUUGGGUUAGAAAACACGGAGGUUCUUUCUCCCUCUCCGCUCCCCCAUUUGUUUACUGCUAUACCUGGAUAAAUACUAUCCUUAUGGGGGAGGGAGUUUACCCGAUUAAUCUUUUUCUUUCUUUUUUUUGUCUGGCUUUAUAUUUGUGUUUUGGAAUUUUUGCUGUAAAUUAUGUCUUCAUUUUUGACCAUUCUUUUUACAUAUUAUGUCAAAACACCAGCCUUCUCAGGGGAGGGGGCCUGCAAGGUAGCCUGUGUAGGGAAGCGGAGACCCCCCGGACCCUUGCUGUUUGGACACCUGCUGUCCAGAGGUGUUUUAUUAAAUCCACCCUCUGUUCUUUGUAUCAGUGCCAAUAAAGUUUAGACCAAGGGA